CAAUCUCACCUCCUCUGCCAUCUCAUCUCUGCUCUGCUCAUCUCAUCUCACUCAUCUCAUAUCCUGCUACUGUCAAACACCAAGCAAGUCUCUUCAAUAUGAAAAUCAGUACCACCUUCGCCAGCCUCGUGGCCUACUGUGCCAUUGGCACCCACGCAAUGCCCUCAAACCCAGAACCAGUAUCUGAGCUCACCAGCCGGAACGAAAACCCCAUACUGGAGAAGCGAAAGUGCUAUAACGGGAAAAAGGAAUAUGGCUGUGACAAAGGAUGGUGCUGGAAGAAGUGCGGCGGCGGUACUCCAGACAUCGCCAACAGUGGCCCGUGGUGCUGGGCCAAAUGGAACUGGGGAUGGGGUGAUGGUAACUGGGUCUCUUGCCACUAUGAUAGCGACUGCAAGAAGGCCUUUGCUGGUGAAGCUGCAUGCGCCCAGGGAAACUGUGAGGACUGUGGAUGCAGCUGUUAAGGUUGGAAAUGGAACCUGUGAUGAGUUCACGAGAAACACGGGAUUAGGUAACCAACUUGAUUUCUUAACAAUGC